CAGGCGUUCUAGCCGAGCGCGAGGCCGGCGCUGAGCUCGCCCCGGAGACCGCGUCUCCUCGGCCGGGCGCAGACGGCGGCUGGGCGGCUCGCGGAGGAUUGGGAGGGCGCGGUCCGGGUCGGGGGCUUUCUCCCGGCCGCCUCCCGCCGGGUGUGGGUUCGAGGCGCCUCCAGGGAAGCCACGGCCCCGAGGGCAGAUCCAAGAUAACCCUUUUUCUACCACUGCACAAUAACUCACAAGCUGCAACCCUUGGACACGCAAUUCCACAAGCACACUUCAAGUCUUUUGUAAGAACAUUAAAGUCACAAUGAAUGGUCAUAUUUCUAAUCAUCCCAGUGGUUUUGGAAUGUAUCCAUCUCAAAUGAAUGGCUACGGAUCAUCACCCACCUUUUCCAUGGACAGAGAACACAGUUCAAGAACAAGUGCAAAGGCUCUCUAUGGACCAGAUGGAUCAUACUUCUUCAGAUCAUCAUCCAAACAGAAAAAGAAAGAACAAAGGAAGAAUUAUGCACGGGACAGUGUCAGCAGCGUGUCAGAUAUAUCCCAGUACCAUGUUGAACACUUGACUACCUUUGUUCUGGAUCGGAAAGAUGCUAUGAUAACUGUUGACGAUGGAAUAAGGAAGCUGAAAUUGCUUGAUGCCAAGGGCAAAGUAUGGACUCAAGAUAUGAUUCUUCAAGUGGACGAGAGAGCUGUGAGCCUGAUUGAUUUAGAAUCAAAGAAUGAACUGGAGAAUUUUCCUUUGAACACAAUCCAGCACUGCCAAGCUGUGAUGCACUCCUGUAACUAUGAUUCAGUUCUUGCCCUCGUGUGCAAAGAGUCAACUCAGAACAAGCCCGAUCUUCAUCUUUUCCAGUGUGAUGAGAUUAAGGCAAACCUAAUUAGUGAAGAUAUUGAAAGUGCAAUCAGCGACAGUAAAGGAGGGAAACAGAAGAGGCGACCUGAUGUCCUGAGGGUGAUUUCCAAAGCAGACCCUGGUAUACCGCCUCCACCCAGAGCUCCCGCCCCUGUGCCACCUGGGACUGUGACCCAGGUGGAUGUUCGAAGUCGGGUGGCAGCCUGGUCCGCAUUGGCAGCUGACCAAGGGGACUUUGAGAAACAAAGGCAUUAUUAUCAGCAGGAAGAAACACCUGAGAUGAUGGCGGCCCGCAUUGACAGAGAUGUGCAAAUCUUAAACCACAUUUUGGAUGACAUUGAAUUUUUUAUCACAAAACUCCAAAAAGCAGCUGAAGCAUUUUCUGAGCUUUCUAAAAGGAAGAAAGCUAAGAAAGGUAAAAAGAAAGGACCAGGAGAGGGUGUUUUAACACUGAGGGCAAAACCUCCACCUCCUGACUCAUUUGUUGACUGUUUCCAAAAGUUUAAACAUGGAUUUAACCUUCUGGCCAAAUUGAAGUCUCACAUCCAGAAUCCUAGUGCUGCAGAUUUGGUUCAUUUUUUAUUUACUCCAUUAAAUAUGGUUGUGCAGGCAACAGGAGGUCCUGAACUAGCCAGUUCAGUACUCAGCCCCCUACUGACUAAGGACACAAUCGAUUUCUUGAGUUACACUGUCAAUGUCGAUGAGAGGCAGCUGUGGGUGUCAUUGGGAGACUCGUGGAUGAAAGCCAGAGCAGAGUGGCCAAAAGAACAGUUUAUCCCACCCUAUGUCCCACGGUUCCGCAGCGGUUGGGAGCCCCCGAUGCUGAACUUCAUGGGGGCAUCAGUGGAGCCGGAUCUCUAUCAACUGACUGAGUCUGUGGCGAACGCAGCAGAACAUCAUCGCAAGCAAGAAACGAAAAGAUUAUCCACAGAGCACUCCAGUGUAUCAGAGUAUCCUCCAGCUGAUGGGUACGCAGUAUUCAAUAACAUUUAUGGAAGAGGGCCCCAUCUGGACCAAGGGGAAGCCGCUGUUGCUUUUAAGCCAACUCCUCAUCGCCAUGUAGAUAGAAAUUAUGAUCUACAACCCAAGAAAUAUGCCAAAUCCAGGUAUGACUUUGUGGCAAGGAACAACAGUGAGCUCUCAGUUCAAAAGGAUGAUAUUUUAGAGAUCCUUGAUGAUAGGAAGCAAUGGUGGAAAGUUCGAAAUGCAAGCGGAGAUUCCGGAUUUGUGCCAAACAACAUUUUGGAUAUCGUGAGACCUCCAGAGUCUGGAUUAGGGCGCGCUGAUCCACCUUACACGCAUACCAUACAGCUAUUGAUGCCAAAGAAGGAGUUUGAGUUAUUCAAGAAACAAAGGAUGGAGUAUGGUCCAAGAGCAGCUGACAUUCCCUCUGCUCCAUCACCUCCUCCAACACCAGCUCCUGUUCCUGUCCCCCUCCCACCUUCUGCUUUAGCACCUCUUCCUGUGUCAAAGGUCCCAGCAAAUGUAACCCGUCAGAACAGCAGCUCCAGUGACAGUGGUGGCAGUAUUGUGCGAGAUAGCCAACGACAAAAACAAGUUCCUGUGGACCGAAGGAAAUCUCAGAUGGAGGAAGUGCAGGAUGAACUCAUCCACAGACUGACCAUUGGUCGGAGUGCCGCCCAGAAGAAGUUCCACGUGCCACGGCAGAAUGUGCCAGUUGUCAAUAUCACUUACGACUCCACCCCAGAGGAUGUGAAGACAUGGUUGCAGUCAAAGGGGUUCAACCCUGUAACUGUCAAUAGUCUUGGAGUAUUAAAUGGUGCGCAACUUUUCUCUCUCAAUAAAGAUGAACUGAGAACCGUCUGCCCUGAAGGGGCCAGAGUCUUUAGCCAAAUUACUGUACAGAAGGCUGCAUUAGAGGAUAACAAUGGCAGCUCUGAGUUGCAAGAAAUCAUGCGACGACGACAGGAAAAAAUCAGUGCUGCUGCUAGCGAUUCAGGAGUGGAAUCUUUUGAUGAGGGAAGCAGUCACUAAUUAGUUUUUAAACUCCAUUAUUCUUGGCAUUAUUCCAACGUGCUUUGUUUUAAGAAGCCAUGAAGGGAAUGUCAGAUUCUUAUUUCUUGGUAUACAGAAUUCAUCGCCAUAAAGAAACAAUGCAAACAUAAGUAAGCAGAGGACUUGCUCCUGGGCCCGUUUUUUUUUUUUUUUUUUUUUUGCGGUACGCAGGCCUCUCACUGCCGUGUCCUCUCCCGUUGUGGAGCGCAGGCUCCGGACGCGCAGGCUCAGCGGCCAUGACUCACGGGCCCAGCCGCUCCGCGGCACGUGGGAUCUUCCCGGACCGGGGCACGAACCCGUGUCCCCUGCAUCGGCAGGCAGACUCUCAACCACUGCGCCACCAGGGAAGCCCUGGGCCCGUUAUUUUUAUUAAAAUGAAAAAAUUUUAAACAGAAUUUCUCACCUUGGAAAUAUUUUGCCUACUUUACCAAGGUGAGGUUUCCUUUAUUGGAUUAAUUAUUUCAUCCCCAUCUCAAUGCCUAAGCAGACUUUUUUUUUUUUUGACAGUGGUGAGUUUAUUUAUUGCAACAAAACAGAGAUAUUGCCCAUGAUUCAAAAUCUAAACAAUUUCAGUUUUGCCUGUGACUAUGGUAUGUAUCAUCCAGGGUGUAGCUUACUUUAGGCUAGCCUCUGCUUACUUAGGUCUCUUCUUCAACCUACUCAAUAAUAGAAUGUUCAGCUUUAUUUAAAGUUCUUAAUGCCAACAGUUUUUUAAAAAGAUUAAAACAUAUAAUGAACUGUAAAAUACAGCAAGGCCUUGGACAUAAAAAUAGAAACCUUUGGCGCAUUCCCGAGACAUUUUAUCUGUCAUGGCUCUGUUGAUCACCAUUCCUUGUAUAGCUUGUAUUUUGAUUUAGUUUAUAUUCUGCUUAUUAUCUAUACUGUGUUCUUACAUAUGAGAAAGCACAAGUGUAAAAGAGGUCAUAUACGUUCAAACUGUGUCACAGGAAAUAGCCCGCAUUGGUGUGUGUUACAGUAUUCUGCUUAAUGAAGGCCUCAGCUCUGAAUAUUGAUAUAAGUAGUUAAGAGCAAAUUGGGGCCAUUUUAUGAGUUUAUCUGUGUCAAGUUUUUCUGGUAAUAGGAAAUAAUAUACACACAUUUUAAUCCUGUGAAAGAUCCUAGGUAGAGAAAAGAAAGAGACUUAACCUUCAACAAAUGUUAUUUUUGAAAACAUGAUUUUUGUCAUUAAAUGUUAUAUUAUUUCACAUAUAUAAAAGAGAUGUUAUGUCAGAAUGUUGUAUAUUUUAACAUAAAUCCAUUUAGAGAGAUUAUCUAGAUUCAUUAAUUUUCAUAGUGCCUUUUUCACAUGAGUCAGCUGGAAAGUCUGCAAUAAACAGUAUUU